AUGGGGGCAACACUGCAGGCGUACCUUGCUACUGCUGCUGCUGGUGAUCCUAUCCUUGCCUGCCUGCCGUCUCCUAGAGCAGAGCCCAGACGAACUGGCUGGCACAGCCAUGAACGCAUCAGCACUCUCCUGUUCCUCAGAGGCCGCACUGCUCUGCAGCCAACUCGCUCAAAGCUACGUCUAGCCACACCCGCUGUCCAUUCCAACUCCGUCCUGGCAAGGGGCCAAAUCACCCUGGGACCGUUGCAUUGGGUCUACUACCACUAG